CCGGCCUACCGAACACUAGCCCAAGCAAACACAUCCUUUCCUUUCAAAACUCUUAUUUUGGGCCAAAUUUUCAAAAAUGAACACCUUGCGGAAAGUGAACAACCUGGUUUGCCUAAGAUCUUUAAGGCGUCAGGUUUGUCGCCUGUAUUCCGGUAAGGAUCAGAAGGCAAAACCCCAGGACAAGCCGAAAGCGCAGGAGAAACCAAAAGGCCAGGAAAAGCCCAAGGAAAAGCCCGGGGAAAAGCCCGUAGGAAAAACGAAAGGCAAGGGAGCGGGUGAUCCUGGCAAGAAAACCGCCAAGGUGACCAUGAUCAAUGGCGAGGGCGUGGGUCCCGAGUUGAUGAGUGCGGUCCAGGAGGUCAUGUGUGCCGUGAAGGCCCCCAUUGAGUGGGACAUAAUCGAGGAGUACAUGGCUCCGGACAGUGAAGAUAUCUCCUCAGCGGUUCUGGAGUCCUUGCGCGCCAACAAGGUGGGCAUCAAGGGUCCCGUGGACAGUCGCCACUGGCAGCGCCAGAUCCGCAAGCAGUUCUCCCAGUUCGCCUACGUGUCCCUGUGCUCCAACAUCCCGGGGCUGGACACGCCCUACGGCGACUUCGAUGUGGUGAUCAUCAGGGACCAGAUGGAGGGAGACUACUCGGGCAUAGAGCACUCCGUGGUUCCCGGGGUAAUGCAGACCAUUAAAGUGAGCACCACGGAAGGCGCUUCUAGGAUUGCGGAGUUCGUCUUCGACUAUGCGGUGAAACAUCAGCGGAAGAAGAUCACGGUGGCCCACAAGGCCAACAUCAUGCGGAUGACGGACGGCAACUUCCUGGAGGCCAUGCGCGCCGAGGCGGAGAAGCAUGUGGAGAAGAUUCGGUUUGAGGAGCGCUACCUGGACACCUGCAUCCUGAACAUCCUGACGAAGCCGCACAGGGUCGAUGUCCUGGUGUCAUCCAGCAUGUAUGGCGACGUGAUGAGGGUUCUGGCGGGCGGGAUGAUGGGAGUGCCGGGCAUAAGUCCCGGUUACUCCGUGAGUUCCCUGGGAACCGUCUUCGACUCCCGCAUGAAGGCGUGCCACGCCCUGGCCGGCAAGGACCAGGCCAAUCCCACGGGACCCCUGCUCUGUGCCGCCCUGAUGCUGCGCCACCUGAAGAUGGACCAGCAGGCGGACCAGGUGGACUGCGCCGUGCGCACUGUCUACAAGGACAGCGACAUUCGCACCCCGGAUGUGGGCGGCAAGGCCAAGUGCUCCGAGUUCGUCAAGGCCGUCGUCGGCUGUCUCGAUAAGGCGGGGUAAAGGGCUCGGCAGGAUGGACUUUGUGUCCUGAAACAGUAAGGACUUUCUGCAAUGGUAUUACAUGUCUCGAAAUUAAUAAAUACAAACAAAUCAGCUAAUAAAUAUGUACUUAAAGCCU